UGGCGGGCAGCAGGGCUGGCCGGGCCAUGGAGGCGCCGGCCGAGAACCCGAGCAAGGCAGCGGAGUACCUCAAGGAACUCAACAAGAUCAUUGAGACGCAGCAGGAGCUGCUGGAGAAGCAAAAGCUCCGGAUAGACGAGCUCGAGCAGCAAGUGGCCAAGCUGUGCCACGAGAACGCCCGGCUCCAGGAGGAGCACCGGCGGCACCUGGCCACUUGCAGGCUGCUGCUUCUGCAGCCGCAGGGCGUCCCGUCCGCGCCGCCGGGGAAGGGGCAAGAAAUCGCCCGGGAUGAAAAGUAAGGAAUGGGGACGGGGAGCGUUUUAACCGACGUAUGGAGGGGGGCACUUGUAACACUAAGGAAGGCCGGGUGGCCACGAAGCAUUAGCGAGUGACUCGGGGCUUUUAGCCGAUGCUUUCCCUGUCUCGGGGGUCUGUGCUGGGUAGUUGUGAGGUUAUGGAUGAUCUCGGACAAAGACGAGUUUUCUCCUUCGCCCUCUUCAUUCCCCGUCGGUUUCUUUAAUGCUUUGAUUGAUGCUCUUCCUAGUUUGCCUCUUCUCUUGUGGGCCGGUGUGCAAAGGCGAAUGCAAAGAGCUGAGAUGUUAUGUUGCAACCAGCCUCGGCUGU